AUGCUUAGAAGCGCCAUUUGCUCCAAAGCGGGCCCAAUUAGGGCGGUAGCUGCUUCCAGAUCCUUGGCCUCCCAGGCCCUGGACCUCGCGCAAAUCCAGCUUCCUGAAUCGUCGUUUGAAACUUACAAACUCGACGAUGCUCCUUCCUUGACGUUUGAGACGGAGAAGGAAACUCUUUUGAAGAUGUACAAGGACAUGAUCAUCAUCAGAAGAAUGGAGAUGGCUGCUGACGCCUUGUACAAGGCCAAGAAGAUCAGAGGGUUCUGCCACUUGUCUGUGGGUCAGGAGGCCGUUGCUGUGGGUAUUGAGAAUGCCAUUACUCCCCAGGACACCGUGAUCACGUCGUACAGAUGUCACGGUUUUGCCUUCACCAGAGGCGCGUCUGUCAAGGAGGUUUUGGGUGAAUUGAUGGGUAAGCGUUCCGGUGUGUCGUACGGUAAAGGUGGUUCGAUGCACAUGUUUGCUCCUGGCUUCUACGGUGGUAACGGUAUUGUCGGUGCCCAGGUGCCUCUCGGUGCCGGUUUGGCUUUUGCCCACAAGUACAGAGGCGACAAGAACGCCACUUUCACCUUGUACGGUGACGGUGCCGCCAACCAGGGUCAGGUGUUCGAGGCCUACAACAUGGCCAAGCUCUGGGACUUGCCAUGUAUCUUUGCAUGCGAGAACAACAAGUACGGUAUGGGUACCUCUGCUGCCCGUUCUUCCGCCAUGGUCGAAUACCACAAGAGAGGCCAGUACAUUCCUGGUUUGAAGGUCAACGGUAUGGACAUCUUGGCCUGCUACCAGGCCUCCAAGUUCGCCAAGGACUGGUGUGCCAACGGUAACGGUCCUUUGGUGAUGGAGUUCGAGACCUACAGAUACGGUGGUCACUCCAUGUCCGACCCUGGUACCACCUACAGAACCAGAGAGGAGGUGCAGCACAUGAGAUCCAGAAACGACCCCAUUGCCGGCUUGAAGGCCGUGCUUUUGGACUUGAACCUUGCCGACGAGGCCGAGAUCAAGUCUUACGACAAGGCUGCCAGAAAGUACGUUGACGAGCAGGUUGCUGCUGCCGAGGCUGACGCUCCACCAGAGGCCAAGAUGUCCAUCUUGUUCGAGGACGUGUACGUGCGUGGCUCUGAGAUUCCCGAAUUGAGAGGCAGAAUCUCCGACGACACCUGGAACUUUGAGAAGGACGACUUCACCAACCACGUCUACUAA